AUGGGGCAAGUCGUUGCUUCUUACAAUGCCGCGACGCGGCAUUAUGCCCUUCGACCAGACAACGAAACAUACAAGUUUUAUUAUGAAGCAGGCUACCGGUUGUGGCAUAGCCUUUGCUCAAGCUCAAACACAUCUCCUUUGGAUGCAACCAGCUUAGACAUUGAAAAUGCGUUUCCCCAGCAUCCCUAUUUUCCGCCACAGCUAGAGCUCGAUCGCAAUUCCUCUACCGUCCUAUAUGCGACGGGAACAUCUACUUGGGAAACCAGCAAUGGUAGUUGCAACCUACCCUCCUUGCAGAUAGGGCUUGCCUUUGGAGCUACAAUAGCCUGCCCAACCGCCAUUUCUCUUCAAUCAAGUUGCCCAAUUGACAGCCCGAAUCUCUUCGAUGAGGAAUCCAAGCAUAUGUUGGUUCUCACUCUCGCCUGGGCCUAUGUACUAUCCGCACGAUGGACGGAGAUCAUCCCCGGCGCAUCAACUAUGGCAUAUACCGAAAGCGUUGCUACGCCCGACAGCCGUGAGAACGCCCCCAACGGCGACAGCGAUUUAAUAGUAGACCUUGGCGACAUUACAUAUGAAGCAGCGCGGUGGUGGGCGGCCAUUCUUGCUCCCGAAGAAGGCUGGGGCGCUUGCAAUUUUCACAACGGCAGGGUCUUAAAGUCGCCGUGGUCUGUAAAACUGGACUCUUGCAAGACGUUGGCUCUACGUUAUAACGCCGUACCCUCGCGUCUGGAAUGGCAUUCUUCGGCAUCUUUCUCCACUGCAAUGGCUUACGUCCUUGACUACGCAAUCUACCACGGACUUCAGAACCAAAGUCGAGCGGCAUUUGCUGCCGCACUCCUGCUGCCAACACGCCACCGCAUUUCGAAGCAGGUUCGCUGGCCCCGUAUGCAUCUUCCCCGCAUGCAACGGUCAAAACCUUCCGUGGAACAGUACCUUCCGCCGUGGGGGAGCAACAGCUGUCAGUUGGAUAGAUUGCUCGCCCUUAGCUGCAAUACUACAGGAAUAAUCUCGCUCUUGUGCAGCACGUUUAUUGAACCGGACAUCCCGUGCAAUGUCUGUGGUGCUUGGAUUCAAGGCGCUUUUGCAAUUCUUGACACACAAGUCGCCAAAGAGCCGCAUAUUCUGGCGCAAAUGCUUAUGUGCCGGGCUCCCAACUUGAAUUUUCUGUGGUUAGGGGGCAUACUUAUGACAUGGAACUGCAGGAACAACACUAAGAUUGCCCAAGACCCAAUUGAAAGCUCUUUUACACCCAGCUCGAAGGUAGAUGAUGCUGUUGCUGGCCAUACUACCAUUCACUAUGACAACCUUGACCGUGACAAGGACUGUUCAGAGUCUAUGACGCGAAACAUGUUUAAGUGUCUUCGCGAAGCGGACGGGUUUCCCGUCGCCGAACGAGCUAUCAGAGAGCAUGAAGGGAUUAACGGGGGGUGGAGCUCGGAGGAAGAAAGUGCCGCACCAGACGGUGAUGGAAAAUCGACCACAAACCGACAGGUUGGACCAUGGAUAUGCCGGGGCAUAACGACAAGAUGUAACACAAUUUGA